UUAAGUUCUAAAAUCAACAUUCGGCCGAUUUUCGUUUCUACGACUGAGGUCAAGGAUUUUUUUCCACAGUAACGGGAAAAUCGGCUGAUUUUGGUAUUAUUUGGGAUUUAACAUCGGGAUAACCAUAUAUUUUUUCGAAUCAGGGUUGAAUAAGGAAUCUUUUGGUAAUGAUAAUAUUUAUACUAGAUAAUUAUAUUAAAAAUAUUUAUGAAUUUUGACUAUACUGUAUUUUCGUUAUUAUUAUAAUAAUAUAUUACUGAAGGUAUUUAUGCAUGAUAAUGGACUCUACAUUUAGAGAGAGGUUUAAAACUUCAUAUAACACUAUUUUAGAUGAGAUUAAGGAUUAUGCUAUUGAUCAUCCCAAUGGGAAAUUUAAUGUGCCGAUGCACAUGCAAUUUAUUUUAGAUCAAUUCAACAAGGUGGCUAAUCUUGUGGAAAGUAUUUUCGAUGAUCUUCAGCUAACAGAUGUUAUCUGUGAAAAAAUGUCCACCUUGGCUACCAAAACAGAUUUAUAUAGCAUAAAGGAAAGCUUAAAAAUGAAUAAUUUACAACAAACAUUGUUAGAAAAACUAGGAAACAUGGAAAAUAACAUUAUUCAAAAUAUCGAUGAGGGGACCAAAAACACUUCUAAUAAAAUUGUGUUAGAGAAAUUAAAUAUGAUACAAGAUAACAUCAAUCCAGACACACAAUUUGACAUAAUUAAAAAAUUAAAGGAGAUAGAAGAUAAAACUAUUGAGAAAGUUGGAAUAGAUAUAUCUAACACAAUUGAAAAAAUAAAUGAAGAUAAUAACAAAAUAAUGAAGAAUUAUACAUCACAACAACAAAUAAACUUAGCAGAAAGCACCCUUAAUGAAAUAUUACAAAAUCAAAACCGUUUAUAUGAUAAAAUAGGAAAAAUAGAAUCUUUAUGCAAUAUUGAUUCUAAGCCUUUUAAAACAUACAGUCAAGUUUUAAAAGCAGGCGCACCUAUAGUAGGUAGCAAAUCAAAACUACAGAACCCAAACCUAGAGGUACUUUUGUUGUAUAGUACUGAAGAAGGUAUUUCAUCUUAUCAAAUACGGCAACUCUUAUACGAUCAUAUUAAACCUUCAGCACUAGGCAUAGGAAUAGACAGAUUAAAGAACAUCAGAGGGGGAGUAGCCCUGGAAAUUGGGAAUAGCGAGGAUGCAAACAAACUUGAACACUUUAUUAAAAAGGAAAUGCCACAAAUUAUAAUAAGAAAACCGAAGAAAAAACUUCCACACUUGGCUAUAUAUUCUGUGCCCUCAGAACUUACGAGAGAGGAGAUACCACUCUGCAUUUAUCAUCAAAAUGAACUAUUUGGAGAAUAUUUUAGUGAAGAUGAAUUUAUGGACAAUUUUAAAAUAAAGUUUCGCCUUGGUAAGAAAGGCAAAAAUUAUAACAACUGGGUGAUACAAGUCUCCCCUCAGAUAAGAAUACAACUUUUGAAAUUUGAUAAAACCUCGGUUCAAUGGUCUAAAUGUCGCAUUUCCGACUUCUUUCCAGUACUUCAAUGUCUCCACUGCUGUCGGUUCGGACACUUAUCAUCCUCAUGCAGUCAAGAAGACCCCACAUGCAGCCACUGCUCAGGUAAUCAUUCUUUUAGAGAUUGUACUAACAAAGAUAAACCUGCCAUCUGCUGUAACUGUAAACAUGAAGGUUCUUCUGUUAGCGGACAUAACGCCAGAGAUAGCUCUUGCAAAUUAUAUACUAGAAUAAAAAAUAAUUUAAUUCAGCAAACAGACUAUGGAACGACAUAUUAAUAACAUACGUUUCCUGCAAUAUAAUACAGGUAGAAGGAUUGCGGCUACCUCACUCUUAACAUCUGUAAUAAAUAAAUUUGACUUUAUAUUACAACAAGAGCCCUACUGCAUAAAAAAUAA